UUUGCGUGAGGAGAGCUCGUACGUGGAGAUGUCGCAGAACGGGACGACUCGCUCGCUUCUCGCCCCCGACCGCGGCCCCAGGAAGCACCAGGAUUACAGUGAUUACUCGACACUUGACAAUAAUCCGCAUUACGAGUUCGUUUGCGUGGCGAAUAAUAAAAUCGAGCCGGUUUACAUGGAGGUCAGUCAAUUGGCCGAGAAGGACGAGGGUGGCUCGUCCGUAUUGAAGCACUCGGCGGUGGCAGUGGUGGCGACGGCGGCGGCGGCGGUGGCCGCGUCGGCAGCGUCUGCGGUGGCGGGCGUGACGUCCAAGCAAUGCGACUCGAUCGGCGACGCCAAGAAUUCAAGGGGCGACUUGCCCGACAUCCUCACGGCCCUUAAAACCGAUAGCUCGGACGCCGACGACGAGUCCUCGAAAGAUUUGGACUCGAUCGACGCACCGAGGCACCCGCGUUUCAGCCUCUCGGAUACCUUCAGGCCCGCCUCUUACUACCUCGGCGCCAGCCAGACCCUCAUCGCCGAGCUUCACGACUCCUCGGACAGCGAGCUCGUCUCGCCACCGCCCAUCCCGACCUCACCACCGCCCAUGGACGAGCUCGACUCCCUCGAGAUGCACGACUCCCUCGAGAUCAAGAAGACCUGUCCCCAAGUCGUUGUCGUUACGCGCGAUUACACGAGCCAGCGCGACUCCCCAAGGUCCUGGAGCAAGUCCGCUGUUGUCCAAACGGAGAGGCGCAACUCGCCCUCCCGCUUCUCAUCCGACGCGAGCUUGACAUUGAGCUCGACGUUCCGCGACAGCCGUAUCUCGCUCGAGAGUGCCUCGGGCAGCGACUCCGUGGAGCUGCGCAAUUCCGAGGAGGAGGCGCGACAUCGGCGACUGAAGAGGCGCCCCGUAAGCGACGACAUGUGCGAGGUCCUCGACAGUUUGGACGAGCUCGAGUCAUUGGGCAGCCGCUUCGACGGCACGAGCAUCGACCUCGAUCAGUACCUCGAGGAGCUGCAGGCCCGGGACGCCUUCAAUGUCGACCUUUACGCCAAGGACCUCAGCUACAACAGCAUCUACGGCCUCAACGAGAACAUGCUCGUCGCGGACAAGCUGCACAAAUCCACGUAUCCGGACAUUGGGAAAUCGUCGUUGGUCGCGGCGGCCGAGUCGACCAACGGCCUUGACCAGCCGUUCCUCUACGGCAGCAGGAGCAAGACGAGCUCGGCCAGUAGUCUGCCGUCGAUGAGGGUGAGCGAGGUACCGCCAACUGCCUGCCACCAGCACUCCCAGUCGUUUACCGGCGACGCGCACUACGAGAACAUCGCCAAGUUCUCGCCGCUUGGUCACUCGCCGGCAAUGCCAGCCAUGAGUCCCGAGAGCGACCUGGCGAUUCAGCAUCAUACGCGAGAUGAUUAUGGCUACAGGCCGAGCAGGACGACCACGUCCCAGACGUCCCACAGCCGGGACUCGAGCUACUCUACCUAUCUCUCGUCAACGUCUCCGGCCGCUGCCGUUAAUUACGCGACUCAGAGGCCGGCGAGCGCCCAGUCACCCAUAACGAGCCACCAGUCGAGCGGCGUCUACGUCGAGCAGCGUGCCCAACAGCAGGCCCAACAACAGGCCCAACAACAGGUCCAGCAGCCGUAUCACGCGAGAUCGGCGAGCCAGGACUCGGCGGCUCGCUACUCCCUGUCGCCGAAUAAUCAUCGUCGAUCCUCCUCGAGCCAAGACUCCAGCCAAUAUCCCCCCUCCACCUCCACGGCAGUGCGCGGCUCAGCGGGCAGUCUUCACAAUCAUGCCGACCAGAGUGGCGCACCCUAUUACUACUCGGACCUCCAAGCCGGCUGCCCGACUUCGGAGACCCAUCAUCCGCGACUAGACGUCCAUCAGCAGCCGAGGCCCUGCGCGAUAGCCCACACUUCGAGACUCCCCCAGCUGAAUAAUCAGCGAGGCGACGCGUCCGCUCUCGGUAAGCGCAACGACAUCGGCCGCAUGGUCAAUCCAAUUGGGCGCCAGGUGCCACGGCAAAUCCAGGUCGACGACAUCCAGGAGGCGCGAAUGAUAGCGGCCGAGCUAAGGAAAACGACGUGCCAGCUGCUGGCCGAGGACAAGGCCGGCCUCGUCGAUCGCAGAAACUUCUACGAAGCGGACACAUUGAGGAGAGUGAAGUCGACGGACCCGCUGCCCGAUCACCUCUCGCCCUCCGAUCUUAACACGAGGAACCUCUAUCCGCACGGCCUGAGGGAUAAGUCGGGCAGCCAGACGCAAUUGAACGCGGAUAACGCGUGCGGCAAUGAGUUCCCGAGUGCCGCGCAGGCGUCGCACAGGCGAUCGAGGUCCCUCGAGGGUCUGCUCGACGACGCCGGCCUCCAGAGUCUCGUCGAGCAGCAGAGGAGCCGGGAAAACGGCGAGCCCAUGGCCGCGACGGCUCAGCUGCCGCGGCCGGGGCACGUGAUCGCGGAACGCCCGACCAACGUCAAUCGCGGCAACGGGACUGUCAUGGGCGCACCGAGCGAGGCCAACGAGAGCUUCGAGGGUGAGGAUCCAUGGGAGCAGGACAGUUUGUGGCGCGAGAGCCUCAGGCGAGUGAGUUUACGUCACGCGAGAUCGCUGGACAACCUCGACAAUCCGACGACUGCGACUGCGACCGCGACCGCGACCACGACCGCCCGAGCCGUCGCGAUGCCGGAGACGAGCAGAACGCGGACCAAGAUAACCCGUGGUGUGACGUACGUAAACGACAGCGUGGCCAACUCUUUGGAGAGAUCUCGGAUAAUGAGGCGGUCGGAGGAAGGGGGGAAGACCACCGCGAGCGGAGCCCAGGAGCGUGACGAGCACGAGGAGGACGACGCCUACGAGAGAUUAGCGAUGGAUAGGAUAGGUGCGGGCGGCUACAUUUGGGACCCGGAUAACGAGGCUUAUAGGAAAGCGGAUCUCGGUCACCGUGGCGACGGCCCCGCCCAGCGUGAAGGCAGCCGGCAUUUUUUAGAGGAAGGCAACCCUGCCCCGGCUCGCGAGCAGCAGCCGACGGCACAGACCAACGCGGCCAACAGCUUCGAGCUCGACCGCGAGAAGCUCCGCCAGUGGGACCUAUUGUCGAGCGCUUGCUUGCUCCAGGAACAGCAGCGAACCUCGAUGUCACUGGCAGAUGGGUGCCCGGGGCGAGGGUUGCCAGCCGUAACAGUGCCGUUAGCAGCAGUUAUCGGCUGCGGGAGCGUCGUCGACGCUUCGUCGAGGCAGCAGGAUAUCACUGCGAUGACGACGAUGAAUACGAAAAUGAUAAUGGCUGAGAGCGACGGGAUGAAGGAGUCGCGACUUCAGCAGCGGGACGACGAGGAGGUGAAGAAGCUAGUGGCGGCAGGGCGUAACAACGGCGCAGGUGAGUGGCUCUACCGGACUGGUGCUGGGCUCGCGUACAGGAAGUGAUGAUGAGGAGAAAGAAAGAGCCUUUGCCAUUGGAAGCCCUCUCUAACGUCUUGGUCUUCGUCGUCGUCGUUGUCGUCGUCG